GCAGUAUGGAAAAAUAGCUUUUAGUUGCUUAGUAAAGGGCUGUACAAAUCAAGGGAGACAGAUAUGGUGUGGAGUUCUAGUAUGAAAUAAAUGGUAAGAUUAUUAAACAGAAAACUGCCUUUGGUUUUAAAACAAUAGGAGAUUUAAUGAGCAUUAUUCUAAAAAAUGAGAUUGCCUAAAAUCUAUGUCCAUUCAAUUCAUAAAAUGAUUUGUUAGGCUAUGAUAUGUUGCUUGCUGAAGUGAAGCAUAUUUCCAUCAAACCAGUAGAUGAAUGUAUUUCAUUAUUUUUUAUUCUAAUAGAGGAUAUGAUAUUUUUGCAUUUUAUUGUUAACAAUACCUCUUAAUCUUUCCUUUUUAAUAAAAAAUAAAUCACUGUUAAGAAUGUAUUUAUAAAUUUUGAUUUUAGGCUAUUUCUGAAUAUAAUAAGGAUAAAGAGAGUGCACUCAAAAUUGAUAAUUAUAAAUUAUAUGAAAUUAUGGGGAAGUAGAUUAAUGAAGGAAAUAUCAAUAAGUACUUAUUUGAAAUGAUAAGUGGAGAAUAAGGAUGUAUUAAAUUGUUUGUUUAAUGA